AGAGAAAGAGAGAGAGAGAGAGAAAGAGAGAGGGAGAGAGAGGGAGAGAGAAAAAAAGAGUGAGAUUCAAGCGUCGGUGCGGGCUUACAAAGUGCCCUUUUCGUGUUUCCGGUGAGGCGCAGCAGUCGUCUCCUCCGCAAAACACUCCCUAGUGGUCGUGGGCUGCCUUUUUUAACAUCCAAAAAAGAAGCCCCAAAAAGUUGGGAGAUUACCGGUGUGCGCGCGAGGGGACUUCUAUAACAUGUCGGGGAAUAAGGACACCAACGGCGGCUGGAGGAGCUUUGUGUGGAAUUCCGAGAAGAAGGAGUUUCUGGGGAGAACUGGCGGCAGUUGGUUCAAAAUCCUUCUGUUCUACGUUAUCUUCUAUGGAUGCUUGGCGGCCAUCUUCGUGGGGACCAUUCAGGUGAUGUUGCUCACCUUGAGCAACUACAAGCCCACCUACCAGGAUCGCGUGGCCCCCCCAGGUUUGUCCCAUACGCCGCGCUCUGAAAAGUCUGAGAUUUCAUUCAGCAUGAGCGACCCAGCGUCGUAUGAGAAGUACGUGAAUAGCAUUGAGAAGUUCCUCACGCUCUACGAUGACGAUCGCCAAACUGACCUGAUGAAAUAUGAAGACUGCGGAGAUUCUGCGCAGCCGUACCGCGAACGCGACAGCCUGGAGAGCGACCAGGGCCAGCGCAAGGCCUGCAGCUAUAAGAGGUCGUGGCUGGAAGACUGCUCGGGCAAGACCGACACCACCUACGGCUUCCAGAAGGGAAACCCUUGCAUCAUCGUCAAACUCAACAGGAUUGUCAAUUUCAGGCCCAGGGCUCCCGACGUGAAUGACGUGCCCGGGCCUCUUCAGAGCCGAGUACAGCCCAACUCUGUGCCCAUUUUCUGUAAGAACAAGCGCGACGUGGACGCGGACAAGAUCGGCGAGAUCAACUACUUUGGCUUCGACGGCAGCUUCCCGCUGCAGUACUACCCGUACUACGGCCGCCUGCUGCACCCCAACUACCUUCAGCCGCUGGUGGCCAUCCAGUUCACCAACUUCACGGUGGGCACGGAGGUGCGCAUCGAGUGCAAGGCGUACGGCGCCAACAUCAAUUACAGCGAAAAGGACCGCUAUCAGGGACGAUUCGAUGUCAAGUUGACCAUCAACUCGUGACCUCUUCGGUCGGUUCGUCAGUCGCCGCGCACUCCUUACCACCACCACCACCCGCCUCACCUCCACCAGUUUUUCUUUUGAAAAGCAACCCCACCCCCUACCAAAAGAAAAAAAAACAAAAAAAACACGUAGAGCCAAUUGAGAUGAUAAAGUCAAAUUAGGAGGAAGGAGAAAAAAAAAGACACCACUCCAGUAGUCUUUAAGCAUUCACACUAUACAGCAGCGGUUCUCAACUCGUGUUUCUUUACUUCCCUCAAAAUAUUGUUGGCCGAACAGCAUCAUUGCACAAGUCGUUUUUGGGAGGGCUUUUCAAAAACAGGGCACAACACACUUAAGAUCUUGCCCUGAUUCAACUUUUUGCAUAUUUACCACGACCCGGAUGACUGAUAAUCUACACAGAGGUCAAAAUGGCUCUGGCAAUUAUGCUAUUACGGUAACAAUAUUUGAAGAAAAAAAAAAAGAAAGAAAAACAUUGUCUUGGCACAUCACCAAACAAAAAGUGUUGGAAGAGCAUGUUAUUCUUCUGCCUGUCACUUUCCAUCUCUCACAUAUUUAUGAACAAAUAUUUGUGGUUAAUAAAUCCUAAUUUUUGGACCAAUGACAUUGAGUAAUUUUCCACUGGUUGGGAAUCACUUCUCAGACACAGGUGCCAAACUUUAGGCCUUGGUGCCAGAAUCAGCCCUCCGCAUCAUUUUCUGAACGCCAACUUCAUGUUUCUGACUCAAAUCUGUGCCAAAAUCGCAAAUUGUCCUCACGUUAAAAACGUUGAGAUAUUUCAAGCAUUAUUUUUUUUGCCAAACUCCCUUUUCAAAAGGGUGUUGAAUAAAUAACUGCUUCUAUUUUUUAACUCCUGAUUUAAAAACAAGUUAUCCAUCUAGUUGUUGUUUUUGUAGUAACUCCAAUGAGGCCCUUACAUAUUUGUAUGGUUUCCCAGUUUCCAGUUAGUUACCCUCUGAAGGUAAAACUUUUUUUUUGCUCAAAACAUGAAACUGCCAUAACAUCGAAACAUAUAUUUAAUAUAUUAAUACGAGACUAUUAUAAAAUUAGGAACUUUUUCCUAAACAAAACGUGGCUUCUCAUAAAUUCUUUACUUGGUUAAAAGUAAAGUGUAAAAGUGGUUGAAAAAAAGUGUACUUUUUUUUUUUUAACUACAAAUUUUACUUGAAAUCAUUUUAUCCUACACUGCCAUGUCGGUUACCGUCGUAAAGUGAGGGCGCGUCUUCCAUUUUCCACUCCCUGUCCAUCACCAAAUCACGUUUAGGUGCUGCCCCCCCCCACCACCACCACCUGUUGAGAAUCACUGCUCUACAGGACCGUAUUUCACUUGCAAAAAAAAAAAAAUGAAAAAAAGUGUGCGCUUCAUUCCCACUCGGGCUUCUCUUGUCUUUGUCCAGGUUUUUAGGAUGUGGCAUAGCAAUAGCAAAGCAAAUGAAAUCCUAUUUAUUCCGCUGUACAUGAUGAAUUUUACUCCUCCUGGAGACGUGUCCAUACUGUCUAUGGAGGAAAAAAAAACUGCAACUCCACUACUACUACUUACUACUACUGACGUAUUUGUGUCGUAAAAUCCUGUCUCGUCCGCUUCUGUGCGCGUGUGCCUGCGCGUGUGUUUGUGUGUUUGCGACUAACUGAAAUACUAGCGCGGUACUGGACACCAUCAAGGAAGGAUCAAUUGUUUGUACGCUUUUCAUCUCCCCUGACCCCCCUUUGUCGUUUUUUUGUAGUUCCUAACAGAGUCCUUAUACUGUUGAAUGUUUUAGUCAUGUUCAUGGUGAAAGAAUUUUAUAUUUAUGCAGUUGUACAUUUUAUUUCUCUCUCAGAAAUGUCAUGUUUUGAAUCUGAUACCAAAGUAGUCGCUGGUUGAAAAUGAAACAUAAAAAAAGUAUCAAUGCAGUAUCCUGUUACAUGUCGACAAAAAAAAAAAGAAAAUAAUCUAAACACUUUGUCAGGAGCCUUCUGGUCACUUUAUUUAAUCUGGAUGAAACAAUAAAACAACAACAACAACAAA